UUCACACAAAACUGGCGGCGUCUGUCCAAUGAGAUUUUGAAACAGCAUUUAAAACAAUGAAUGCAAACAAACGUCGAAGUUCUUUGCGCAGGGCGCCGCCGAAGGAAGACGAUCAAACAACAAUAGCAAUAACCAAGCAACAACAAAUCAAGCGACGCAUCAGCUUCAGCGGAAAAAAGUCCGUGCGGGAGUUUGUAAACACCAAAGAGACAAACAACUGGGACGACUCGUACGAGGUUUCCGAACACAAUGCCGAGGACUCAUCGAGAUCGGGAUCAGGAUCAAGAUCAGGAUCGUUACCGAGAGCAACAGAAGAUGCCAACAAGGAGAAUGUUUUAUUCCCCGGCAUCUGUGAACGGGAGGAGAGCACCCUGACACUGAAUUUGCAGACCAGCUUGGACGUCACCAUGUUGCCCAGCGAGCAGUUGCAAAACACCAGAAAGACCAACUCAAUGUGUCUGUCCACAGAGGAACGCCGGAUAAUGCAAAGCAGUAUCUACGAUCGCCGGUGUAUGGACAAGACCAUGGAUCUGAUGUCGGGAACCUUGGUAAACCGAAGACAAAUACCUUCUAGCAUAAAUGAGGAUACCUCUUUUGAAAUGCCACCAAACCAAACAGAAAAAAGGGUAGAUAACCCUCCAGUUAAGGCAAUAAGUGACUCCUUCAUGGACAUCACGCCAUUGGGAUUCGUCGCUCCAGUUUCAGCUGCUCCUGUACCGGCAGCUCCUGCUCCUGUCGCAGUUAUUCCAGCUGCCGUUCCUGCUUCUUCGGCAACUGCUUAUCCUCCAAAACAGCAGAGCUUCAUGGAGAUGGAAGAAGACAGUUUGGUGAGGGAAAUGAGAGAGUUCAACGAAAAGGACAGAAAAACUCCUGCACAGAAAUCGCUUUUCAUGGAUUUAGAGGAGGUGGGAAAGGGACUGAAGAAUCAAACUCAACAUGGAGACAUGAAUAUAUCCUUUGACUGUCCCUUAAAUGUUUCUGAGGACCGGGAUCCGUUGCCAUCGAGCUCCCUUGAGAGUAACAACUGCACCAUUCAAUAUAUGAAAGAUGAGUCCAUGCUCAUACCUUUUGACAUGAUUUCGGGAAAAAACAUUAGCAAGAAGAUCAAUUUUCGACAACUGAACGAUGAGCUGGAGGCUGGAAAGAUUCAAUUGUUUUCCAACGGACCAAAAACACCAACCACGGAUCGCAAGACGAAAAAAAAUCGUUUUUGGCGUGGCCUGGAACAUGAGGAUAGUAGUCCCAAGAUUGACAUAAGGAGCAUCAAGCCACGAGCAACGCUAAACUUCAGUGAGAACAUGACUAUGUCACCGGCUCAAAGAAGUCCAGUUCUUAAGGAGAAGGAGAAACUUAAGAUGCCGGAUGACAAACAAAAGUAUCGACUUUCACAGGCGGAUGAGUUGAUGCUUGACAACACAAACUUCUUGGCUCAUGCGAAAUUGGGCGACGAAACGCAGUCUAGAAAUACUUCCAAAAAUUCGACGAGAAGGGAAACCACUUACGAUAAUUCUGAAUUGCAUUUGGAAUUUCCUACAAGCAGUCAAGUACUUCAAUCCAUGCCGAAUUUGAAAUCUCGACAGACUGUAAAUUUGGCUGAGGAAAUGCAGCAGGAUCACCUAGAUUUGCCUGCUGCAUCUAAAGGGAAAUCUAUUGCCAAUCGUCGUACUAUGCAUCUUAAUGAAUCCAUCGAUCAGGAAGCCACAAGGCCCAUGCAUUUAAGAAAGGAGAUAUCUGUGACCACAGAAAAGAUUAGCUAUGAAAAAGUCACAUUUAAUGAGCAGAACCCGAAUCAAAAAGCCACCGUUUUGGCCUGCACUAAGACCAAGCGCAGGGAGACUCUUUUGAUGCAGGAGAGCAUGGAAGAAGACAUCAUAAGUCCUCUAAAAGAAUUAAGCUUAAAAACAAGAGCUGCUCCUGUGGAGGAAAAAAAGGUAAACCCAAACAAUAUGUUACCUUUUAAAAAGGAAAUACGUCCCAAAGCUCGACACACUCUGUUACUAGAGGAACCCAUGGAAGAGGAGACAAGCAACAAUGUAAAAGAUCUACCAGUUUGCAAUUCCAAAAGAAAAACUCUCCAUUUGGCGGAACCUCUGGAAGAAGAGGAAAUAAACCCAAACAAGAAUAAAAUCUUUGCAAAUGCAGGCAGCAAACCCAGAGCCAGGCAAACUAUCCUGUCAGCUGAUCCUAUGGAGGAAGAGAACGGCGGCAAUAUAAAAAACCAGCAAUUGUAUACAACUAAAACUAAACCCAGGCAUACGCUACUUUUAGAGGAGCCCAUAGAAACGGAGAAUAAUUUUGAAUCACACGCCAAAUCCAGGCAGACGCUUACCGAAGAAGAGGAUCCAGAAGUCUUUGCAAAUGCAGGCAGCAAACCCAGAACCAGGCAAACUAUAUUGUUUGCUGAACCUAUGGAGGAAGAUACUGACUGCUAUAUAAAAAACCAGCAAGUAAAUACAACAAAAACUAAACCCAGAAAUACGCUUAUUUUAGAGGAGCCCAUAGAAACGGAGAAAAAUUUUGAAUCACGCCCCAAAUCCAGGCAAAUGAUUACUGAAGAACAGAAAACUAACUUGAACAAAAAUAAAAUCUCUGGAAAUGAAGUCAGCAAAAGAUCCAGGCAAACUAUCCUCUUAGCUGAACCUAUAGAGGAAGAUACUGGCUCCAAUAUUAAAAACCAGCAAUUAUACACAAACAAAACUAAGUCCAGAAAUACUCUUCUAUUGGAGGAGCCCAUAGAAACGGAGAAAAACGUUGAAUCGAUUGAUCAACCACGCGCCAAAUCCAGGCAAACGCUUACCACAUCAGAACGCAUGGAAGAGGAGGAUGUUGUAACGUUGCAGCCUAAAAGAAAAACAAUAGUGCAACAAAAAGUCAUCGAUAGAACAAAUGUUCCCCAUAGCCAAAAGCCUAGGCAGACUUUAACUAUGUCUGAGUCAAUUGAAGAAGAGAAUCCUUCACCCAAUUUAAAAGAAUUGCCUCGCGGUAAAACAAGAAAUACUCUUAUGUAUGCGCCAAUACAAGAUUUGGAAGCCGAAAAGGAGAACAACCCAGCUGGGCAGCAAAGAUUAAUGCCAAGGCAAACACUUAUUAUGUCGGAACCCAUUGAGGAAGAUGUUGGUCAGACAGAACAUAAAUCAUUUAACAACCCCGAAAGUAACAUACAAACUAAAAAGACAGCCUCUAUUACUUCAAAGUCCAGACAUACUCUUCUGAUGUCCGAACCCAUAGACGAUGAUUUUUGGGAGGUAAAACCCGUGGAUCAAACUAAAGCGCCAAGUAGUGAAGUGGUCUCUAAAAGUACCACAAAUAAUAAGUCAACAAAACCCAGAGGCACUCUUUGGAUGUGCGAACCAAUGGAGGAAGAGGUGCAUAUGACAAGGACUCACCAAAAACGAAGUGAAAUUGUGGAAGAAUAUAGUGAAGAUGUGCCAAUUGAAAAUGCUGGCCGGCCAUCCAACUCUCGUCAAACUCUUCUUAUGGCAGAGCCUAUAGAGGAAGAGGAGUUGCAAUGGACACAGCCUUACAAAAAAGCGGAAGUUAAAAAAACUGAACAUUCACGCAAGUCUCGGCAAACUAUUUUAAUGCAAGAGCCCAUAGAAGAAGAUAUCCAUAAUAAUCUUUCUCGAAACACUCAAAUGCUUGAGGAACCAAUAGAUCAAGUCGCGUCGAAUGUAAAUUUAAAGUCCAGCCGUCACACACUACAUAAUGCAGUGCCGAUAGAGGAGGAUGUGGAAAUCCAUAAAUCAAUGAAAAAUGUGAAAGAAAAGUCUCUACUUAACCAGAAAUUAGAAGAACCUAUUAAAAACGAGCUGCUUUCAAAUGCUGAUCAAGUAAUUGGAAAACGAUCUUCCAAGUCAAGGCAAACUCUUCUUUUGGCGGAACCCAUAGAAGAAGAUACUCAACCCCUCUACUCUGCAAAUUAUCAAAAUGAUUAUCAUCGUCAAAAGCCAAGAAAUACUCUUCUAACGCAUGAACCAAUUCAGGAGGACUUGGAAGCCCCAAAGGCGGUUCAAUUGACUGGGCCGUUGAAAUCAAAAGCAAGACAGACCCUUAUUAUGGCAGAACCCGUUGAAGAAGACUUUAGUGUUUAUAAUAACUCCACUAAUUAUCAGAAUAGUAAAGCAUUUAAAAAUGUAACUUCAAACUCGAGACACACUUUGCUUGUUCCGCAACCCAUAGAGGAGGAAAAUAUCUCAGAUCAACACGAUGUGAUGACUUUACCUGCAGAAAGUUGUAAACAUAAACCUAGGAAUACAAUCGUCUUAACCGAGCCGAUUGCCGAGGAUGUGGAUCUAAGAGUUAAAGAAAUAUCACGAAAAUCAAGACCUAAUCUUGUCGGCACUCAACCCAUCGAUGAUGGAAAUAUCUCGACAAUGGACCAGACUCUCCAUAAAAAUAACAAUAUGCCUCCAGUUCCAUCUUCCACAAGGCAUACUUUGCAUUUAUCGGAGCCCAUUGAAGAAGAUGGAGAAAUUUCGAAAACAAAAACCCCAACAAAAGAACAAGUUUCGGAAAAUUUAGAAAAACCAAAAGGAUUUUUACAAUUCCUUAAGAAGAAAAUGUUUAACAAUUUUUUGCAAACGGAAGAAAAAGAAGAAGCUGUCAGUAAAACUCAUCAAAAUAUGAUUAUGUCCGAAUCCAUGGACUACCAAAGUCCCGAAGCCACGAAGAAUGACCCUGACUUCGACGCCAUAACUCCCUUGCCAAAUACCAGGACCAUAUCAAGAAUAAAACAGUUGUCCACCUACACACCGGGAAUGUCUUUGACUGAAUUUGAGAAUCAAGAGGAGUUGUGCAAGACACCGGUUCCCAAAAAAAUGAUGGUAACGUCUCUCCGAAAAAAAAUGUCCAUGUACCAGCCAGUGCAGAUGGAACUAACAGCGAAUGCCUCUGUUGUUGGAACUCCAAUAAAUCACCUCAAAUUAAAGCGGUCCGUCACACAUCUCACACCAAACCUGCCAGAGUCCAAAAAGCAACAUACGAAUCUCUUUGCGGAUAGCAAUAUGGACAUGGAAAUGGACGACGAAGAAGAAGGAGCUUGGGGAACGACAAACAUAAACUUGGAGGCAGCCACAAAUAAGUCGCGCAGGACGUUUACAGUAGAUCCAAUGGAUGCUUCGGUACAGCCAGUGAGGGAUUACCAUCCUGCCAUGACUGAGUUGAACAAAAAGAGCUCUCUUGAUAUGCUGGAGUUGCCACGAAAAUCGGUGUAUGCCGUGGAGGACAAACCAAUUACUAUCUCGGAUGUGACAGAUUUCUUUGAAAAGCAGAAGGAGGAGCAAAGGCAAAGCGGCAGCUCCAGUGAUCGAACCUUUAAAAGCUACGCUGUCACAAUCACAAAGUUCCUUAAUCUUACGGGAGACACCACCAUGUUUGCAGCCGCAAAGGAUUCGGACAAGGAGGAAAUGGAACAACCUUAUCAGAUCGACAAAGAAAGACUCAGUCUGGUUUCCACGCUGGCCGACGAAACGGACGAUGAGGUCGAAGAACAGGUGGAGGAACAAGUUGAGCCUCAACCAAACCCCGAACUCUGCGAAGGGCAGAAAAAUUCAGCUAAUAUUCCCGGGAGCAGUGGCACCUGCAAGAAAUGCGCCAAUUGCAAUCAAACGAUGAGCGAAACUAAGCUAGGCGAUGAUUCAUUUUUCCUGCCUGCUCAGAAGUGUUGGGAUUUUUCAAAGGAACGAAAGCGAUUACAGAUUCUGAGGCAGAAACCAACUUUGAAGGAGGUGAUGCUCUAUUUUGAGAUUGAAGAACAGGCAAGGCUGUCCAAGUUUGAGGAGUCUGACGACGAUUCGGUGGAUGAGACAAAAGUUGAGGAGGAACCAUUUACAUGGAACAAGGAUUGCCUGUUAGAACAGUUCAAAAGACGAAUCGGUGAACAGAAGCUUACAACCCAACCUGCGACUUCGUUCUUUGAUCGCCUCAAAGUAUUACUGUAUGAGCAGCAACCAAAUUGGAUCUUCGACUUUCAGCGCAAGAUCUCUAAGCAAUUGAUAUUUUACCACCGUCUGCUGACCACAUUUCGAAUUGUAGUUAACUACAAAAUCGAGGACGUGGUGGAAGAGUCGGCCAUUCAAGUGGUCUCCAUUGAAGUGGACAACGCGGUUGCCAUUCCUAAGGAACAUUGGUCUUCGCGUGAACACUUUCUGGACUUCCAACUGAGUCUCUAUCUGCCGCUGAAUCUUACUAACGCGAUCGAAGACAGCCAUGAAUCGGCUUUUGUGAAAUUUCUGCACCAAAUUGAUCAGAGCAUUGUGAAGAUUAGGCAAUCGUUUCACGAAUUGAUGACGGUAUUAACGGAUUCGAGGGCGAGGCUCAUAAGAGAUGCAUAUCAUCGAACUGUUGUAAAGAAGACCGUACGAAAAUGUAUUGAGGGCGAACCGGUUGUGCAACUCGAGAAGACCAACUUCCUUAUUGAGAUCACCAACAUUAACGAGGUUUCUUUCAGAGAUAUAUUGCGUCCUGAGCUCCACCUCUUCAAUGAAAAUAUCCAGUAUCUGCCGAAGGGAAUUGCAUUUUUGAAAGCGUUUCUUACCAAUCCUGAGCAGUACCUUAAAACAUAAAAAAUCUGUAGUUAUAUAGUGACAAAAUAA